AUGAACCUGCUGACGGAGAGGAUCCCCCUCCGGAACCCCUCAGCCGCGUUCUACUGCGUGGCCCGCCUGCAGGAUUUUAAACUUGCCUUUGGCAAUUCCCAAGGCAAAACAAGUCAAACUUGGCAUGGAGGUAUAGCCACCAUUUUUCAAAGUCCUGGUGAUGAAGUAUGGGCGGUAGUACGGAAAAUGAACAAAAGCAAUUUAAAUUCUCUGGAUGAGUUAUUUGCAUGGGUGCAAAAGAAAAUGGUUUGCCACGAGAGUAUCAAGAGAAAUUAA